UCCCAGAAAGGUUUCAGCGUCCAGAAAGGAUCCCGGGCUCUCUCUCGGGGCCGGGGCAGGGCGCAUGGCAACUAUUAAAAGAAUAUAGGAUCAUGGCAGCAGAUGAUGAUAAUGGUGAUGGACCAAGUUUAUUUGAUGUCUUUUCUGCUUCUCCUCUUAAAAAUAAUGAUGAAGGUUCAUUGGAUAUCUAUGCUGGGUUGGACAGUGCUGUUUCUGACAGCACCUCCAAACCCUGUGUGCCAUCCAGGAAUUGUUUGGAUUUAUAUGAAGAAAUUCUUACUGAAGAAGGAACUGCGAAGGAGGCAACAUACAAUGAUUUACAGGUAGAAUAUGGGAAAUGUCAGCUGCAAAUGAAAGAAUUGAUGAAAAAAUUUAAGGAAAUACAGACACAGAAUUUCAGUUUAAAAAAUGAAAACCAGUCUCUUAAGAAGAAUAUUUCAGCACUUAUCAAAACUGCAAGAGUGGAAAUAAACCGCAAGGAUGAAGAAAUAAAUCAUCUUCACCAAAGAUUGUCCGAGUUUCCACAUUUUCGAAAUAAUCAGAAAACUGCAAGGGCAUCGGAUACAGCUAAACCAAAAGAUCUUAAAUCCAGACCUUCCCAUUUGGAUGAUUGUUCAAAGACUGAUCUGAGAAUGAAAAGUGAUGCUUCUAAAGAUGUACGUCAUAGCACUUCACUGCCAAACCUCGAAAAGGAAGGAAAAUCACAGUCUGAAAAAAGGAGCACUUUGCAUUUAUCUGCAUCUACUGAAAAACACUGUACCAAUGGCAUUUGGUCACGUUCUCAUCAUCAGAUUGGUGAGGGUAGCUCAUCUGAUUAUAGAAGAGGAAGAAAAGAUGUUAGACACAAUCAGUAUAAUCGAGGAACUGACAGAAUACGAAAAGAUAACACUAGCUUUUCUGAUGAUGAACCAAGGAACACAGAAGCUGGUCAAAGGCUACAAGGGCGUUCUGAGAAAUAUGGUAAGGGUGAACUUAAGACUGAAAGCAAAAAUUCCAAGUUUAAGAGCAAUGCAGAGUUGGAUUAUAAAGAUGAACGCAUUAGCUCUUUUUGGGAGAAAGAGACCACUCAAGAAAAAUUGCAUGCUCGAGCGGAAUCUCAAAACAACAAAAGAUCAGAAAGACAAAGUGAAAGGACACAAAGUAUGAAUAGGAGAGAACUUAAGUCACAAGAUAGAGAAGAACGGAAAGUUGACCAAAAAUCUAAGUCUGUGGUAAAAGACCAGGAUCACUUGAGAGUAUCUGAACGAGCUUUACUUCCUCAUUCCAAGAAUGAAAUGAAACUUUCUCUUAAUUCCAAUAAAUAUCACUUAGAAGAGAGGCGAGAAAGGGACGAUUGUAAAAGAGACAGGGGUACAAAUAACCAUAAUGUUCAAGAUGGAAGAUGCCCAGCCUCUCUUUCAGCCAAUAGAAUUCACAAACACAUUGACUCUAAGGAGAGUGAUGUUUCACACCAACGGGAAAAUACGCUCUUAAAAGCAGAAAGGCAUAGAACAGAAGAGAAGAGGAAAAAAGAAAGAGAAGGCAAAGAAGAAAAUAGGCAUAUGAGAAAUGAAAAAAAGACAUCUACAGAGCAUUUUCAGAAGACCAGCAGAGAAACCAAGAAAUCCCCAGUUGAUGUAAAUAGAUCUGAGAUGAAAAGUGAUAAAGGAGAGGUUGCAAAUAAUGUUACCGAAAGAGCAGAACUUGCAACUAAAGCUGAGAGUGGCCCAAAUGAAACAAAAAACAAGGACUUAAAGUUGAGUUUUAUGGAAAAAUUGAACCUAACUCUUUCUCCUGCUAAAAAGCAACCUGUUUCUCAGGACAGUCAACAUAAAAUAGUCAGUUCUCCCAAAUCUAGUGGCCUAUGUGAUUUGGAGCCCUCGGUGCAGACUGAAACAGCAGCUUGUAUUCCUUCUGUCAGUGAACCUGUCACAGAGAAAAACAGAACAAAGUUACAACAAUCCAAGGACAUUCUUGAAGCAGCAUCUGAACCCGGAAGCAGUAUUCCAGAAAGGAAAAUUGAAGAAGAAAAUGUUUUGUUGGCCAAAUCUGUUGAGAACACUGUGCAUUGUGACAUGACCUCUUGUGGUUCAGAGACUUCCUCCUCAGCACCUGUAGAAAUGGAACAAGGAGAAUCCUUGUUUCCAUCAUCAGCAAAAGUAGAACAAGCCAUUAAUGGUACAAAAGCAGCAGUUCCUGCGGCAGUGGACAUAUUACAAUCAAAUGUUUCUCAAAACUUUGACUUGGGAUUGGAGACCAAAAUAAAUAAUGGUUUAAAUUCUUGUGCUUCUGAAGGUAUGGAAAUUACAGAGACCUCAACAAAAGUGGACAAAACCAAUGAAAGUGUUUUGCAGCCAUCAGUUGAUGAGGCUGGCAUCUUGCCAACUGUCCUUUCAGAAGAUGGGCCAAAAUUUGAGUCUUCUCUUAAGGAUGCACCACUGGUUGAGAACAAGUCUUGUCAUGUGGAACUGUGUUUACCUAAAGAGAUUCAUGAGUCUUCACUUCAGCAGACUCAGUUACUGGAUCAUAGAAUGGAAGUUGCUGGAACAAACUCUGUGUAUCAGGAUGAUGAGAACUCAGUUCUGAGUAUCGACUUUAAUAACCUGAGACCUAUUCCAGAAGUCAUCAGUCCUCUGAAUAGUCCAGUUAGACCAGUAGCCAAAGUUCUUAGAUUGGAAAGUCCAUCUCGAGUUACUUCAUAUAAUAACAGUCAUAAAGAUGUGUUUCCGCCAAAUCCAGCUCAUUCUACCUCUAAGAGCCAUUCUGAUCUCAAUAAAGAAAAUCAGAAGCCAGUUGUUAAAUCUGGAACAUGCACAGAAUCAGAUUCCCAUAAAAAUUUGCCUUCGGAUGAGUUAGAAGAAGGAGAAAUUGUAAGUGACAGUGAAAAAUCUAACUCACAAAAUUUUGAAAAGAAUCCCAAGCCUAAAGUAUCUACAGAAUUUCAGAACACAAAAACUCACUCAGAAAGUAGGAAAAGCACUGUGCAUUUGAAUAAAGACAGAAAAACAUCUAUAAAAAUUCAUCAGACCAAAAGUAAGUGGAAUAAAAGACAAAGUGAGGCUAGUAGAUCUUCAAAAACAGAGAAGAAAGACAAGACAACAAAUACCUCUAGCCUAGAGAAAAUAGUUUCAAUUAUUGCUGUACCCUCUUCUGUCCGUGAGGUGAUGCAUAUGUUGCGAAUGAUAAGAAAACAUGUAAGGAAAAACUAUAUGAAAUUCAAGGUAAAGUUUUCAUUAAUGCAGUUUGAUAGAAUUAUUGAGUCAGCAAGUUUGAGUUUCACGUCACUAAUUAAGCAACUUGACUUUUCUAAGAUCUCUAAGUCAGUGACGACUUUACAGAAGAAUCUCUGUGAUGUUAUAGUGUCCAAGCUUAAGCAAGUCAAAAAAAAUGGUAUAGUGGAUCGUUUGUUUGAACAACAGCUACCAGAUAUGAAAAAAAAGUUAUGGAAAUUUGUAGAUGAACAACUUGACUAUUUAUUUGCAAAGCUUAAGAAAACCUUACUAAAGUUUUGUGAUUUCAUAAACUUUGGCAGUGAUAGUGAUGAAGGAAAACUUGAAAAGAUUAGUAAAAAGAAAGCACAGUAUUCAAAAUGUCAAAAGGGAAAUGUUGACAACUCCAGCAAAGAGAUGCUGAAGGAGAAAUACCCCAUGUCAGAAGAUUCUGUUUAUUGUAAGUCUUCAUUGGGGUGCAAAAAAUCUGAGGAAAAGCAUCAAGAAAAAAAUACCUCGAAUAUUAACACAGGAAAGGAUGACAUUAAGAAAAGUUCUCCUACUUAUUUUAAUAAUAUGAGGAACUCUCACUAUGAAGAGCAUGUGUUGGAACUGAACUGUUCAAGCACAGCCAAACCAGGGAGAGCUGAAGGUACCACCUCAGAGGAUGCACAGAUGUCCCAGCUUGCAGCUUUGAAGCCGGAGCGCGGUUUUGAAAUUCUCACAGAACAGCAAACAUCUAGUCUGACUUUUAAUUUAGUGAGUGAUGCUCAGAUGGGUGAAAUAUUUAAAAGUUUGUUGCAAGGUUCUGAUCUUUUGGACAAUAGUGUUAACUGUAAUGAAAAAAAUGACUGGGAAUUAAAGACUCCAGAGAAACAACUGCUAGAGAGUCUUAAGUGUGAGUCUAUACCAGCUUGUACAGCAGAAGAGCUCGUUUCAGGAGUGGUUUCUCCAUGUCCUAAAAUGAUUGGGGAUGAUAACUGGUCAUUAUUAUCUUCUGAAAAAGGUCCCUCUCUGACUACAGGGCUUUCGUUGCCAGUUCAUCCUGAUGUAUUAGAUGAGAGCUGUAUGUUUGAAGUGUCCACUAGUAUAGCUUUAGGCAAAGAUAAUGUGUGUAGUUCAGAAAAGAGCAAGCCCAGCAUUUCUUCCAUACUUCUUGAAGACUUAGCAGUCUCUUUGACAGUGCCCUCCCCUCUUAAGUCAGAUGGUCAUCUCAGUUUUUUAAAGCCAGAAGUUUUAUCUAGUGCAACCCCCGAAGAAGUUAUUAGUGCCCAUUUUAGUGAAGAUGCCUUACUUGAAGAGGAGGAUGCUUCUGAACAAGACAUUCAUUUAGCUCUGGAGUCUGAUAAUUCAAGUAGUAAAUCAAGUUGUUCUUCAUCCUGGACAAGCAGAUCUGUGACCGCAGGCUUUCAGUACCACCCGAAUCUACCCAUGCAUGCUGUUAUAAUGGAAAAGUCUAAUGAUCAUUUUGUUGUGAAAAUACGCCGUGCAGCACCAUCUACCUCUACUAAUCUUAAACAGAAUGUGAUAGCUGAUCAGUCAGCUGAUCAGUUGACCUCUUUGCCCAACAUGGAAAAAGAGGCUGAUGGAACAGCAGAAAAAAAAUCUAAUUCAUGUCAGACCACAACUUUUCAAUCUGUGGAGAAACUGAAAAAUUCCAUCAAUGGUGCUGACAACAGUACAUUAGCUGAUGAAGAACAGGACUGCAUAGUACAAACCCCAGUUCCUGAUAUAUAUGAAUUUCUUAAAGAUGCUUCAGGUAAAGUGGACCAUAAUGAAGUGGCUGAUGAAUGUUUCAAGUUGCGUCAAGUUUGGGAGCCCAAAGUGCCUGAAAACAUUGAAGAAUUGCCUUCAGCGGAAAUUCCUUCUGUAGAGGAUCAUCUUUCAAAGGCAUACAUAGACCUAACAAAAGAUCCCACCACAGAACCUCAAAAUUUGGGAGAACUCAUAGAUGUAGCCGUUUUAAAUAUUGACCAGUUGGGAUGUUCUGGAGGAAAUUUGGAUCAGAAUGCUCAAAUAUUAGAAAAUGGGCAGUCAGAUACUGUUGGUGCUUUUAUUGAUUUAACAGAAGAUGUUUCAAGUGAGAGUAAAAAUGAAGGUAACCAUCCUCCAUCAACUGCCCCAGACUUGGAUUGUCCAGUGAUAUGUGUGGAUGAAGAUAACAGCAAAGAAAAGGUGCAGGUAGCAAAUGGGCCUUUUGAAAAAUGCAUUGCUGAGGAAGCCUAUAUUGAUUUGACUUCAGAAGCUCCCAGCGCAUGUGAAGUUAAAAAGAGUGUUUUAACAUCAGAGCCAUUUUCAAGUUUGGAGACUUCACAGUUGCCUGGUGUUUUGAAUAAUAAUGCCCACAAAAAGAGAAAAAAACUUUCAAAUUUAAAUCAUGCUCAGAAAAAACAGAGAAUGGAAAUAGACUUAAAGACUGAGAAAGUGGCAAAAGAGUCUCUUGAGAAUGGUGAAGUACAGCAAAGAAAAGCCAGUAAGAAAAAGACUACUCCAGUAAUCAAAGAUCCCUCGUCUUUCAAGGCAAAUUCAGGGGCUACAGUUCCAUCAGAAGCAUCUACCACUUUUCCAAGCCUUUCUGCAAAGAAUGUCGUCAAAAAGAAGGGAGAAAUUAUAGUUUCGUGGACAAGAAAUGAUGACCGGGAAAUUUUAUUGGAAUGUCAGAAAAAAGGACCAUCACCAAAAACAUUUUAUUAUUUAGCUGCCAAGUUGAAUAAAAAUUCCUGUCAGGUUUCAGAAAGAUUCCAACAGUUAAAGAAGCUCUUCGAAAAGUCAAAAUGCAGGUAGCUAAUGGCCAUGGUGAAAUCUACAAAAUGUUUGGCACUGCAUCUGUGCAGUUAAGGACCCUUAUGUCAUUGGAGAUAUGAGUGUUCAGUGAGGAACGCCCAGUUGAGUCCUUCUUCAGUUAUCCACGGGAUAUGUCCAGAGUGUCACCUACUGCGAUUCCGAUCAGCGUGAUAGCUCUCUUCAACCUUCUGAUUCCCCAGAAUGAGGGGCAGGCCAUUUAAAGGUUAAUAAUACAUUUGUUUUGAUCAAGAAAAAACAUGCUCAAUUUGAUGCUUUAUACUCAUUGUGUCUGGCUUCAUUGUAAUUUUCCACAUUUUUAUUUAGUUGUGCAAAUACUUUAAAAUACAAAACAUCUUUUUCCCCAGUUAUUUUGGGGAAUGAUGGCAUUGUUUGAGGGAGCCAUGAGGUGCUGGGGGAUGAACCCAGCAUAAUAUAUAAUACUUUUUGCAUAAUAUACUUUUGCAAUUGAGCGCUGUCCCAGCCUCUCAAAAUACAAAAUGUACACUCUUAAACCCCAAAUCAGUUGUCAUCUAAGUAGAUGGCAUCAUUUACCUUUAGAAUUAAUGCUCACAGAAUGUUUUCUCAGACCACCAUUGCAUAGGUUGUUUAAGGCAGAUUAAUAUUUAACAUCAGGUUGGAGCCAGAGUGAUAGUACAGUGAGUAGGGCAUUUGCCUUGCACAUGGCCUACUGGGUUCGAUCCCUGGCAUCCCGGAUGGUCCCCUGAGUCCACCAGGAUUGAUCCCUGAGUGCAGGGCCAGGAGUCAGCUGUGAGCACUGCUGUGUGUGGCCUCCCUACCCUCCCCCCCCAAAAAAAAUUUGAGCUUUUCCAAUGAGGAAACUUACAAGGCUAUCUUCAUAAUGUAAUCUUUUUAAUGAGCAAACCUUGGUCCCCCACAUGCACUGCAAGCACCCUCCUUCCAGUAUUAUCUUUCUGGCCCCAACACAACAGUCAAUUUAAAUUAGAUGGUUUGAGUUAAGUAAAAUUUGAAUAGAAGCAAGAUCAGGUUGAUCUCAGAGUGAUGAAAGAUUCUGAUAUUUUUGAGUUAUAAAUUAGUUUCUGCAUUCCCUGUAAAUGACUGUAUUUAGAUAUUGUUAGUUUCAGAAUUUAGGAGUAACUAAUUUCCUAAUGAGAUCUUCAAAGGACAAUUAAUACCUAUACCAUAACAUUUAAAUUCUCUGCAUAUAAAUGUAAGCUUCAAUAAUGGGCAUUUAAAGGAAAAACUUAUUCUAAAAGAACAUUCAUAAAUGUUUAAAGCAAAAAUGACCUGAUUAUUUUUCAGAUUUACGGUGCUUUAAAUUUUCCACUGCCUUUAAGAAAUUAAACUCAGUUAAAGGUAUUUUUUUGUUUGAUCUGAAAGUUAUCUUAAAAUGUGACUUCCUUUCUCUUGCAAAAAUAAUGUAUAUUUAUGAAAGAAUUAACUUGGAUCUGCAAGUAUGCUUAUUAGUGUUUUCAAAUUCCAUUACAACUUGAAUGAAAUUUAAAUCUUUAAAAACAAAAACCUUUAAAUCUUUCAGUGAAUUUAAUUGGAGAUUUUAUUUGCUUACAUGAUGCCCAAAUAGUAACUUCAUUUCUAAUUGUCUCCUUGAUUUUGAUUCUCUGAGUAUUGUGUACACAAUUAAAUUUUUGUCAUGGGGCCAGAAAGAUAGCAUAGGUGCUUGCCUUGCAGCUGUCCUGGCUUUAAUUUAUGGUCCUUCCAACUCCUUCAGGAGUGAUUCCUGAGGCAGAGCCAGAAGUAAGCUCUGAGCACUGCUGCGUGUGGUCCAAAAACAAACAGAAAACGCUAAAUUUUGUCAGCUGUAUUGACAAGAUAGUUACCAAGAUGAUUUAUCGAAAAUUUAGUUCUUUGACUCCAGUGCUAUCAAAUUAGAACUCAUUUAAAAGAGCAACACUUUCUGAACAAAAGAUAAUAAUCAUUACUGAAGUGUUUUCUUACAUUACAAAUAAGUUUCUGAAUACCUAGGAGUCUUGAUUUAUAGUGAAUUACUGCACAGAAGCUUGGACUUCCUCAUGUUUUAAAUGGGGAAGUGGGGAGCAGUUAUAUGACUUAUGUGGUUACCAGUUAAUAACCUACAUUUGUACUUGAUUCCUCUUUAAUCUGAAAUCAGCAUGUUCAGCAAAUCAUUUAGAUUUGCAUAGCUGCUAUUAUCCAAGAUAUUUAUUUUUAAACAGUUUAGAAUUUGUUACUAAGAUGAAAGCAACACUAGUCUAGUGUUGAAACCUUAGUUUUGAUAUUUGAAAGAAAUGACUUCCUUUUCUAGAUUUUCAAAAAUAGUUUUGCAGUGUUUUAAGCUUAAUGUUUAUUUAGUUCAUUUUUGUUUAUUUUUAUUUGCUUUUCUAAUUCCCUUUCAUUUUGAUAAAUUGUAACAUAGUAUGUAAAUAUGUAUAAUUAUGUUGUAAAAUACUUUGUGUGUGUGUGUACUUGUGCUUUGUUUAUACACAUGGAUAAAUGGCUUUGCUUAGCCAAGGCUUUUUUUUAAUCUAUAUAAAACGUUUUGUAUAAAGUUUGCUGUCAUUGCCAGUAAUGUGUAAAUAAAACCAUGUAAAGUUC